AUGCUUCAAACAAGUGCCCUUAGUAAAAUGCACUCAUCCCUAAUGAGCAAAAGGUUAUUCUUCCAAAUGAUUUUCCACCACAAUCAAAACCACCCCUUUCUCGUCUUCCAUAGUUCGUAUAAAAAACCCCUAACAACACAAAACCCAUUUUCCCUUUCUCCCAAAGUUCCAAGCUUUCCUAGUUCUACAUCUACACAUGUUCUCUCGCACUUUUCCGUGAAACGGUUAUCUCGGCGGGUAAAGCGGAACGUGCAGGAUGUGCUGUUAGAUUACUUGCAUUCAUGGAGGGGAUACAACUUCAUGGAUGCUGAGUUCAUUAGCAAAAACUCACCAUCUUUUGUUCAAGGUUUGGUGACAAAGUUUCAUGGGCAUGAGGAUGAUGUAGCCACGUGUUUGAGGAAAUUCCUACGGUACAAUCCCAUUAAUGAGUUUGAACCAUUCUUUGAGAGUUUGGGGAUUAGCUCUCGCGAGUUGCCUUUGUUUCUCCCACGUGGUUUGAUCUUUUUGUCUGAUAAUCAUGUUUUGCUUGCCAAUUUCCAUGCUUUGAGUAAUUAUGGAGUUCCAAGGAAUAGGGUAGGGAAAAUUUAUCGAGAGGCAAAAGAGGUUUUUGGGUAUUCUAGUGGAUUGUUGUUGUCGAAAUUUCGAGUUUAUGAAAAUAUGGGUUUGUGUAGAUCCAUGGUCAUCAAACUUGUUGUUUGUUGCCCUUCACUUUUGGUUGGUGAAACAAGCAUUGAAUUGGCCAUGGUUCUGGAUUGGUUGAAGAAAAUUGGUAUUGGGCAUGAUUGGAUUGGGAAUUACUUGUCUUGUUUGAAAACAUAUGAUACAAGAAGAAUGCUUGAUGCUAUGCAAUUUCUUCAUAAAAUGGGCUAUUCUGAAGAGCAGAUGCACAAUUUCUUCAAGGAAAACCCUGCAUUAUUACUAGAAGGUCUUGAGAAGAAGGUGUAUGUAUUUUUGGGUCUAGCACUUAAGUUAGGUCUCAAUAAGAAUGUGAUUUGUUCUUGUUUUGUAGAAUAUCCCCAUGUCUUGCCUAAUAAGUGUGCAAAAAAUCUUUUGGGAGUGAUUGGUUUUUUGCAUUAUGUUGGAAUGAAUAUGGAUGACAUUUCGUGCAUUUUGUCCAACCACAUGCAACUCCUGAGCUCACAUCCCUUGAAAGGUCCUAAAGCUGUUUGUUUGCAGUUAAAAAUUAGAAAAACUGAUUUAUGCCAAAUCAUAAAGGAUGAUCCACUGAAGCUAAUUAGUUUGGCUUCAAAACUCACACAGAAUACUAAUUUACAGUUAUUGACUGAUGACCCAUGUAAACAUUUGGGGAAAACAGCAUUCUUGCAGAAGUUGGGAUAUGUUGAGAACUCCGAGGAGAUGGCAAAAGCAAUUAGACGAUUCCGGGGGAGAGGUGAUCAAUUACAAGAGAGGUUUGAUUGCCUGGUUGAAGCUGGUUUGGACUUUAACAUUGCAAUCAAAAUGAUAAAAUGUGCACCUAUGAUUCUAAACCAGAACAAAAUUGUGAUUCAAAAGAAGAUUGAUUUCUUAAGAAACAUUUUAGGUUACCCUUUAGAUUGCGUCGUGGCAUUUCCAGCAUACUUGUGCUAUGAUUUAGAGAGAAUCAUGCUCAGAUUUUCAAUGUAUAAGUGGGUGGCGGAAAGGAAUGCAGCAAAGCCUAUGAUGGCCUUGAGCACUAUCCUUGCAUCCUCUGAUGAAAAGUUUAUAAAAUACUUUGUGAAUGUACAUCCUGAAGGUCGAAUCUUCUGGGAAGGUCUAAAGAAGGCAUUACUAGAAGAUGAGAACCAACUUUUCCUUUAA